AUGCUGCUGUUGGCAGCUCCGGAUGCCGGACGUCCACCGCCGGAGAUCGUGGGGGCCGCGUUGAAGGCAGCGGGAGUCCAGGCGACUGACGAGAACCUGAUACGAGCUCUUCAGGAGGCGGCCGGUGCUCGAGGAGGGAACCCCAAAAAGGAGGAUCUAGACCGGGCUCGCACCGGCGCGCACUCCUACCAGGCAUUGCCACGGGACAUGGAUGGCCAGCCGGGAAGCCCCAUUGCUGGUGAGAAGUCCGAUCGCCCAAUGCCGGAGAUCAAGUACAAUACGCCUUCGACGCCCGCAAUCACCUUCAACAAUGCCCUGGCGCAGAUGAAGAAGCCUGUCCAGGCGAUGCGGAUACUGGAGAGCAUGCGCAUGGGUAUGCCCGACGUGGCAAUGAACCAGCGUAUGACUGGCCUCAAUGGCUUUGAUCCUGACAGUUUCAUUCCGCCGAAGACGCCGGAGGACGUGGUUCGGACGCUGAUGCAGGUGGUGCCUGAUGCUGGGUUACCGCCUCCCGAGAUUGUUGGCGCAGCGCUGAAAGCUGCCGGCAUUCCGGCCACCGAAGAGAAUCUGGAAAGAGUUUUUGGGCUGCAGCUUGCGCAAGAUUCUGAUGUCGCCGGGGUGCCGGAAAGGCAUCCGGAGGAGGACUGGGUGCAAGACAGGGCUCUGUUCCGAAGCUUGUUGGGUGCGGUGGCAGCGGAGGCCCUCCUGCAAGCAGCACCCGGGUUGGGCCAGCCCCCACCAGAAGUGGUGGGGCUCGCGCUCAAGCAGGCGAAAGUCUCGAUCAAUGAGGAUGUGGUGAUCCGAGCCCUACGAGCUGCCGGUGACAAGCACCCCAAUGCAAACUCGAUCCGGACUGCCUUGGCGGCUGCGCACCCUGGCUGUGUCACGCUUUCCGAGUUUUUUGAUCUGGAGUUAACAAAGGUUUUGUUCAGGCUUCCGGGUUCGGCAUAUUCGUUUCUUGGAGCAUGCAGGCCUUCAGCAUCUUUUCAAGCUGCUAUACAGGAGCAUACAACAGUGGCUAGUGGCAUCAGCAAGCUUAUCAUGACAAUAUCAGUACUCCACUUGCCACGAGCAUUUCCAGCAGCUAUAGUCUGGAUGCAGAAAAACGGAAUCAUGCUGUCGGUGUGA